CUCGGUUCCCGAGUAUCUCAAGCAAUCCCAUGAGCGGGUGUUUGAGAACAACCGUGCCUGGGUGGCUGCCAAGAAGCAAGAAGACCCCGCAUUCUUCGAGAAACUUAACGCCGGCCAGACCCCGGAGUAUUUGUAAGACUACCACACACUAGCUGUUUGAGAUUGUUUGAUGGAUUCGAUGGACUGAUACUUGGGACCCAUCUAUUCCAGAUAUAUUGGCUGCAGCGACAGUCGGGUCCCCGCCAAUGAGAUUAUGGGGCUGGAGGCCGGCGAGGUGUUUGUUCACCGCAACAUUGCCAACCUGGUCCCCAACACCGACCUCAAUGUCAUGUCCGUCAUCAACUACGCCGUUCGCCACCUCCGCGUCAAACAUAUCGUCGUCUGUGGCCACUAUCAGUGCGGUGGGGUCAAGGCCGCCCUGAGCCCCUCCGACCUGGGCCUGUUGAACCCCUGGUUGCGCAACAUCAGGGAUGUGUAUCGUCUCCACGAGCGCGAGCUGGAUGGAAUCCAAGAUGAAACCGCCCGGUACAAGCGGUUGAUCGAGCUGAACGUGGUCGAGUCGUGCCGGAAUAUCAUCAAGACCGCCGCGGUGCAGCAGAGCUUCCACGAGCGCCAAUUUCCCGUGGUGCAUGGGUGGAUCUUUGACAUGGAGACGGGUCUGCUGCGGGAUCUGGAAAUUGACUUCGAGGAGACUCUGCGCGACAUUAAGAAGAUUUAUAACCUGGCUCCCGCUUAAAGCUUGGACCGGGUAGUGUAGUGAGUGACAGUGUGCCAGGCGGAUCACUAUAAAAUACUCAGGACCUUUCCAUGAGUCCACAUCUA